CAUGGAAUAUGAAAAUUCCUUGUGAGAUAAUCCUUCAAAAAACGACAAAAAAAGUUUAACUUCUUCGGACAAAGAUUUCGGCACUCAUCACCAUCGCCACCGUCUUCUCCGAUCAUAUUUUUUUUAUCUUGAUAAAUAAAUAAAGAAAGAAAUGUGAUGUGAUGUGAUGUGAUGCGAAAUCAGUACAGAAAGAGUAGUUCAACAAUCAGAUUCAGACGCCAAGUAAUGCCCAAUCCAUUCUCCAAAGCCCUCACUCCUUCUCGCCUCAAAGACCUUCUCUUCUUCUUCUCUCUCCUCUUCCUCCUCUACCUUCUCUUCCGCCAACCCCCUCCCCGGCUCCCACUCCCCUCCUCCCCCGCUUCCCCCGGCCCCACCGAGCGUCGCCACCUUGUCUUCGCCGUUGCCUCCUCAUCCCGGUCCUGGCCUCUCCGCAAGCCCUACGUUCGCCUCUGGUACUCGCCUAAAUCGACGCGUGCUUUUGUCUUCCUCGAUCUACCUGCUGAGUCAGAUGUCGGUGACGGACUCGACCGCUCCGUGCCGCCGGUAAUCGUCUCCGGGGAUACUUCCCGCUUCCCGUACACUUUCCGGGGAGGACUCCGGUCUGCGAUCCGCGUGGCGCGCGUGGUUAAGGAGAUUGUCGAUCGCGGCGAGCCAGAUGUUAGGUGGUUUGUGUUUGGGGACGACGACACGGUCUUCGUCGUGGAGAAUUUGGUCAAGACUUUGUCGAAAUACGAUCAUGAACGGUGGUUUUACGUCGGGAGCAAUUCAGAGAGCUAUCAGCAGAAUGUGAAGUAUUCAUUUGACAUGGCGUUUGGCGGUGGUGGGUUCGCCAUAAGCCAUUCUCUGGCUAAGGCUUUGGCUAAGGUCAUUGAUUCUUGUUUGGUGAGGUAUGCCCACUUGUACGGAAGCGAUGCUAGGAUUUUCUCGUGCGUGGCAGAGCUUGGCGUUGGGUUAACCCAUGAGCCUGGGUUUCAUCAGGUUGAUAUGCGUGGGAAUAUGCUUGGAAUGUUGUCUGCGCAUCCACUGUCACCUUUGCUAUCACUGCACCAUCUUGAUGUUAUGGAGCCAAUCUUCCCUAAUAUGAACAGAACUCAAGCUUUUGAACGUUUAUUUGAAGCUGUAAAUGUUGAACCUACCCAGAUUUUGCAGCAAACAGUCUGUUAUGAUAGUGCACAUUCAUUGACUGUUUCGGUGGCAUGGGGAUAUGCUGUUCAGGUAAUUGAAGGCAACAAGCUUCUCCCAGAUCUUCUUUCUCUUCAGAAAACUUUUACACCAUGGCGAAGGAGUGGUAGUGUAGAGGCAAGCCAAUAUACGUUUAACACGAGAGAUUAUCCCAGAGAUGCAUGUAAGAGACCUACUGUCUAUUUUAUGGAAAGUGUCACGUCUAUUAACAAUGGAAUUCAGAGCAAUUAUGCCAGAUUCAAGGAAGGAAAUUGCCCCAAAGCUAGUGCAAUAGAAAAUCUUCAUAAUAUUAGAGUGUAUUCAACGAAGCAAGAGCUUGAUAUUGAACAGUUGAAGGCUAUACGACGCCAGUGCUGUGACAUUUUGCCUGCUUUCAACGAUUCAAUGAUUAUUAACAUUCGACAAUGUGGGGUGGAUGAACUAAUUUUUAUGCAUUCCUAGCCCACUUUUGGAAUAUUUUCUCUGAAAAAGUGUGAAGUGCGAAUGUGAGCAAUUUUGUCUUCUUAUUGAAGUUCAGAAGUUCUUUCUUUCACUUAACAGGAAACGGAGAUCUUGGAUGGUGAACAAUGAUUCCCAAGAUUGUCAACACUUGAUCAAUCCACGAUAACAAAAAGAUGAUGAAGACAUUAGAAGUAUUUUGAGGAAAGUAGAAGUGAAAUUAGAAUGAAUUUUGUUCCACUCACGUUUUCGUCUCCUUCAUCUCCCUUGUCUUCAUUUAUUUGUUUAUUAAUUGUCAUAUCAUAUUCUUCUUUAAUAUAUUUCUAGUUAUAUAAUUAUUAA